AUGAGAAGGGGUGUAAAGAUCUCGUACAAGCAGCCGGGGAUUUGCGAAACCACGCCAGGCGUUAGGUCGUACUCUGGCUAUGUCCACUUGCCCCCAGGAACUUUGAAUGAUGUGGGUGUAUCCCAAAAGUAUCCUAUCAACACCUUUUUCUGGUUCUUCGAAUCUCGGCAUGACCCGAAAAAUGCUCCUUUAUCCAUCUGGAUGAAUGGCGGGCCCGGCAGCUCCUCGAUGAUCGGUCUCAUGCAGGAGAACGGCCCUUGCAUUGUAAACGCAGAUAGUAACUCGACCGAGCUGAAUCCCUGGUCGUGGAACAACUAUGUCAACAUGCUUUACAUCGAUCAGCCCAAUCAGGUUGGGUUCAGCUACGAUGUAGCCACAAAUGGUACCUUCGACCAAAUUUCUUCAGCAUGGGAUGUCUCCAAGUGGAAGCACGGCGUACCAGAGCAAAACAAUACCUUCUACGUCGGCACGACUACUAGCGGGAAACCCUCUGCAGCUGCUAACGGCACGGAAGACGCUGCGCGCUCGCUGUGGCACUUUGCGCAGACUUGGUUCUCCGAGUUCCCUGAAUACAAGCCAAACGAUGAUCGUGUGAGCAUCUGGACGGAGUCAUAUGGUGGCCGCUACGGCCCAUCGUUCUCCGCGUUUUUCCAGGAGCAAAACGAGAAGAUUAAGAAUAGAACGCUCACUGCUGCGGGCGAGUCGCACUACAUUCACCUCGACACGCUGGGUAUUAUCAACGGCUGCGUUGAUCUCCUCAUUCAAGAGCCCUCGUACCCUCUAUUCGCCUACAACAAUACUUACGGCCUGGAAACGAUCAACAAAACGGCCUACACGCAGGCCAUGCACGCCUGGAGCCGACCCGGUGGCUGCAAAGACCAAAUCAAGCACUGUCGUGUCCUAGCCGCCGAAGGCGACCCCAAGAUGCACGGCAACAACGAGACAGUCAACAAAGUGUGCAAAAAGGCCGGCGAUUUCUGCAGCAACAACGUCGAGGGCCCAUACGUCAACUACGCAGACCGGGGCUACUACGACAUCACACACAAGAACCCAGACCCCUUCCCGCCAAACUACUUCCUGGGCUUCCUGAACCAGCACUGGGUCCAGGCCGCACUGGGCGUACCAAUUAACUUCACCGAGUCUAUCGACAGUGUCUACCAAGGCUUCCAGUCCACGGGCGACUACGCCCGUGCCGACGUCCACGGAUACCUAGACGAUAUCGCCUACGUACUUGAUGCGGGCAUCAAGGUAGCACUUGUGUACGGAGACCGUGACUACGCCUGCGACUGGAUCGGCGGCGAAGACGUCAGUUUGGCCAUUCAGCAUGCGGAGGCUGAUAAAUUCCGCGCCGCUGGGUAUGCGCCUCUGCGCACGAAUUCCUCGUACGUGGGUGGUCAGGUCCGACAGCACGGGAAUUUCUCGUUCACGCGCGUGUAUGAGGCUGGCCAUGAAGUUCCCGCUUAUCAACCGCAGACGGCGUAUGAGAUUUUCCAUCGGGCUUUGUUUAAUCGUGAUCUGGCGACGGGUAAAAUUGAUACGGCACGGAAUGGGUCGUACUCGACCAAGGGCCCGGCUUCGACUUGGCAUAUCAAGAAUGAGGUUCCUGAGAGUCCGGCGCCGGUGUGUUAUAUUCUGGCGUUGGAGGCGACUUGCACGGAGGAUCAGAUUGCGAGUGUGUUGAAUGGGACGGCAGUGAUUAAGGAUUAUGUUGUUGUUGAGGGGAAAGCCGAGUAA